UGGCACGCAGCGACGUGAUCUUUUAGUCCCAGAAGGAAAUGGGUGGAGAUCUGCAAAUCUGUUUUCAUCUGUGGCUGGUGGGAGCUUUGGAGAGGCAUCCCUGAUCUCUUGCCCUGGCCACUUUUCCUGUGUGUUCCACAGGGCUCCUCAAAUGAUGGCACACAGAGAGAGCAUCCUGUAAGCCUACACCCCCAUGGCAUCCAAAGACGUGCCCUCGCUGGGCUCCCCCUGGGAUGCCGUCCUCAAGGCUGCCAAAGACCAGCUUCCAUCCCUGGACUCAGACUCCUCCUUGUCGGACUUCGAGGAAAAGGAGCCCUUCAUCUUCCAGCGAAACCAACCCGUCCUGAUUCCAGACCUGGCUGCAGAGCUGGCCGAAGACCCUGCAGCUGGAGACAAAUCUGGGUCCUGGGUCCCCACAUUUAAAAGUUCUCCACCAGAGCAAGUCCUGGUGCCUGUGGGACUCCCCACCGAACCCAGCAGUGGACAGAAUGCAAGGAUGAAGGGCCCAGCUCCUCAGGGAGGAAGGGGCCCUGGCCAGCCUUCUAAGAGCUGUACUGAGAUCAGCACUCUUCUUAGGAUGGCCGAGGAGACACCCAUGUGGCUGGAAGGUGACUUUGGGAGUCUGUCCUUAAGCACCAAAGGAUCCCACAGUCCUGCCUGGGGUCCUCAGGGAGAAGCCAGCCCCUCCCCUAAAGGAGAGCCCAAGACAGAGCCCCAAGAUGAGUGGAAAGACUCCACAAAGCGCAGAGCCCUCCGCCGGGAGAGGAGGAAAAUGAUAGAGAAAGGCAUGCUCCAGAAAGUGACCUGGGAUGUCCGGGAUCUGGGCUGUGGUGACCAAGGCCAGGCUGCGGAGUCAGAGCCCAAGCCAGAGGUGCCUUCAGCAAGGGCCAGGGAAGGAGGGCUGGUGCCCUCACUCCAGAGGGCUGCAAAGUAUAACAUGCUGUGCUCCCAGGACAGGGUCCAGGAUCAGCGGGCCCUGUGUGCCACACAGUCCACAGCCCGCACCUCUGCCCAGAAGGUGUCUGCCGAGACAUCCCAAGACACCAAGGAGCGAGAGACCAGAAACAGGUGGGACUUCUUGCCAGCCACGGUCCCUGUCGUCUCUCUAGAACUGGCCUGGGGUGGGGGACAGCACUU